AUGAGUGGCCACGACAGCAGUGACCAAGAUAUUCUUUCAAGCGACUCGGAAGAAAGUUUUGAGAAUGAAAAUAGUAUCGGAAAUCACUUGCAUGACCUUUUAGGUAACUCGCUCCACCAGACGAGCCUCGAUGGGGCCAGUUUGAAGGAGAAGAAGCCUGUGCCCGCUGAUCUUGAUGAGGAUCUAGGGAGUAGGGCACGUUUCCACGAAGACAGUGAAAAGCGUCACAAGCAACCCUAUGGUGCUCACAUACAAGGUAAGUUUACGACACUCGAACCGUUCGAUAUUCGAAUCGGACAUCAUGAUCGUACAAAAGCAGUUUUUUUAACCUGCAUUUAUAAAGCUCAUUUUCCAAACCCAGUUGCACUCGUUCGAGCUUUGUCAACAGUCACUGAAAUAGAGUAGUGUUUUGAAACAAAGGCGAUAGCAUGUAAAAUCGUAGAAACCCCCGCAACUAUCUUAUGAUACAUUUUGGACCAGUAAUAGUUUUCUUUAUUCGGUAAGUGCUUUGUUACAUUCAGUGUGUACAUCCUACAGCGGAUACUAUAGAAAAUUACAAUACUUGGUCAAGCGAUCGGUGUUCUCUGUAAACACCAAACCAAUGUUAUUCUUUUCUGUUGAUUUUAUUCUACUUUGUCUCUGGGGUAUAUUUAUGUAUGAUAACAUUCAACACAUGUGUUUGAGCAGUAAUCAGGUCUUGAAAUGCUACCUCAGUACAGGACGCCUCAUUAUUACGGGCAGUUUGCUUGGUCCCUGGGGAAAGGGCCUCCAAGUGUCCUUAUGAACAGGGUUUGACUGUUAGCAGGUUCCUUUGCAGGAUAUCAGCUGGGAAAUACAGCUUCUGAUGGCAAUGUUGUUUUGGCUGGAGCAUCUUUGCUGGGCACAUCUAUUUUAGAAUCACAUCUUUGCGAUGUUGAACACUCUACAAUGGAAUCUCCGCUGAGGCCUAUGGAGGGGAAAGAACCUGAGCUGUUGGAAAUAGAAAGGAAAGAACAACUUUUCAGAGAACAAAGAGCUAGAAGACAAAGGAGAGAGAGAGAAGAAAGAGAGUUGUGGGAAGCUGAGAGUUUGCAACAACAGCAAGAAUCCAUCCCUGCACGAUCACAGUGGUUAUGUGAACAUUAUCAGCGGCACUGCAACGUACAAUUUCCUUGUUGCACACAAUUCUAUCCAUGCCAUCGCUGUCACAACAUCUCAAGAGCUUGUGAGAAUGAAGAGGCUAAAGCUUGUCAUGCCACUCACCUGAAAUGCUCUUACUGUCAGCAUGAACAGGAGGUAAUCUUUUAUUCUCAUUUCACACUUCUAGAAUUAAUGGGCUGAAGGCAUGGUUCUUGAGACUGUAUUUUUCUAUAUUGACACAAAAUGGGCUAUACUCAGCUCUAUAUCACAUUCUCCUGCACUUGUUUUAGUUUGUUUUCUCUUAGUUUUCAAUAGAAAUGCAUCAUUCCUUCUUUUGGAAUCCAGUUGCAUUUUGAACACAGCUUGGUUUACCAGUAAAUGUUCUAUGAUUGUUUUAUGAUUGUUAUCAUUACAGAUUGGUGAAGACAGUGCCAGAUGUCGUAAGUGUGGAAGGGAAAUGUCUGCCUAUUUCUGCUCCAUAUGUAAACAUUUUACCAGUUUGGACAAAAAUCCUUAUCAUUGUGAAAAAUGUGGAAUAUGCCAGUAAGUCAAGAAAAUGUGAUGUUUUUCUUGUAAAAUAAUAAUUAUUAUGAUUAUAAUUAUCAUUAAAAUAAGACUUACACUUAUAUAUUUGUUUAUGAAAGUUUCAAUGAUGCUUUAUGCUGGUUUUUGUCUUUCCAGUUGUCUUAAUGAAUGUAAUUACAGCAUGAAAGGAGAAUUGGUUGACACGAAGUUCUGUUACCAAUUAAUCAUAACUAUAACAAAAUUUGUAGUCAUUUAAGGUUUUUGAAAUUUAAAUAAACGUUCUGAGAGUAUUUUGCAAGAAAUGAAUAACAAAAGCCAUUCAAAUGCAUGCACAUGAUAGCAGGUAGUGUCCAAUUACUUAGCCGUGGUGCAUACUAUCCAAUAUUACUUAGGCAUGAUGCCUACUGUCUUUUAAUAUUAUACUGUCCUAUUAAUGCUGACAGUUCGUAGCCAAUCAGAUUUGAGAAUUUAGUUAUAGUAAUGAUUAAAAGUGUUAUUUUUUAUUGUAUCAGCAUUAAUUUUAUUUGUCAUUUUAGGAUUCAGCAAGACAAGUCAUUCCAUUGUGAAAUAUGUAACGUGUGUUUAGACAAACGCCUUAAGGGAAAUCACCAGUGUCGACCAGAUUCAGGUCAUAGUGAAAGCUUUAUUUGCUUGGAGGUGAGUUUCAAUCAACAGUGAUCACAUACCAUUAAUUCUGCCACCCCCUGGACCAUGAAUUUCUUGUUGUUUCAAAUAACAAAAUUUUUGUAUCAGAUUCUCAGAUUAGAAAAGGAGUGAUUUUUGUUAUAUACCAUACAUGAAAGUUUGAUUCAAAAGAGUGUAGAUGCAUGAUGUACAUUGUACAAACAGGAUGGUCAUAGAUAUGGUUCCAGUGACAUUUUUCACCGAGCUACUUUUAUCAUAUCUAUCCGUUGAGUAGAGACUAAGAUAGGAACUCUGCUUUAAUUACAGUGUAUGUGUCUUAAAGCUGUUGUAGUAAAUGGCGAUGCUGAUCCAAUUGUUUGUUUUAUUAUUAUUUGUAGGACGCAUUCAGUGGUUGUCAGGUUUCACCUUGUCUACACAUUGCCGGCAGAGGAUUUGCCAGUGAUGCUGUGACACAGAACAGCAUGUAAGUCAUCAUGUUUUGACAAAUUUUUGUAAAAUAAAGUAAUUCUUAUGUCAGAUUAUGAAAUGAUAACUAAAGCUGGUUUGAGAUUAUGCUUGUUAAUAAAUGCACACUGUUUGGUUGACCAGCACCCUUCUAAACCUCUUAUUUUAUUGGUCCCUAUAACCUGCACUACCUAUUGUUUUCAGGGAUAGGGGCAUUGUUAUGUCACCAUCUCUUUUGUUUUCCCAGCCAAUCACAAAUCUUGUUUGGAAUAGGUGCAGGUCUGCCCACACUCUUACAAAGAAAAUUGAGUAGAAACGGGGCCAUCCAGCAAAGGGCACAAGAUAACAGAUAUUAGUACUAAAAUUCAACUAGUGGUCUAGUGGUCUGCGUUCGGAUUGGUUGAGCUACUACUAGGCUAUAUGUUAUAGCCCACUGGUAGCAAAAAGUGCCAGCUUUGAAAACGAAAACAGUGGUGGCUGAAUCGUGUUUUGCUAGCUAUAGUUGUUUUGUCUCGAUAUUUUUGACCAGCUAGUUGGAUUUUACUAAAACAAUUAUUCCUCUCACCCUCACGGACUCUGAGUCAAUAGCCCACUCUGACUCAGAGCCCAAUCAGGCUCAAGGAAUAAUAAUUGUUAAGUAAUUGCUGUUUAACUCAUUUCCCCUGGAUCCUAUUAAUAUCGUUCUCAAGAGAACGAUAAGGAAAAAAUUUUCGAAAAUUUGCAUUACUUCCGAUCACCACCAAAUUUGGCACACUGGAAGUGGACUGUUUUAGCCAUUUACCAAGCUAGUUUCAGCCCCCGACCUUGUUAUGCUUGUCUCGAAAAGUUUUUUGAAAAUUUUACGAUGGUUUUAGCGAUCAAGAAAUGCUUUUAAGAAUGAGUUUCAACAGUAGAUAGGUUUUACAAUAGUUUUUGGAUACCAUUUGGAUUAUCAGAUGCUGAAUAACCAAGAACAUUGAGGUACAGUCGACUCCCGAUAAUUUGAACCUUCAAGGGAAAGAGAAAAUAGUUCGAGUUACCAGGAGUUCGAGUUAUCGUGGGUAAAAUUAUAUAGAAAGCAAACCUGGGGAAAUGUAAAUUUCUUCAAGUUAGCGCGAGGUUCGAGUUACUGGGAUUCGACUGUACAUGUAAACGAUCUGUAAAAAUCUUAACGCCUCACUUUGCACAAUAGUGCUGCAAGCCACGUUUUUCCAAUGCAAUGAAAUACGUCUCGGUUUGGCUUUAACCCAAAAAUCCUGCUUCUUUUCCUGAAAAUUUCUUUAAAUUGAUGUCUCCCAGUCCACAUCUUCAAAUUUUUAAGAAAAAGUUGCUAAAAUUACAGUUUUUGUUGCAUCACUCCUGUAAUGGCUACCACGCGUUUUUCCUGAAUAUUGAUUCGUUGUUGAUUUAAUUUGUAUUGUAUUAUGUUAAACCGCAAGAUGAUGUUAUUCCUUGUCGAUUAGGGACGUGAUUAGUUAAGUUCCACUCAAACCGCAUUUUUGUUAGUUGGCUUUGUUUGGGCAAAUGAUAAGUCGUGUUUGUCGUUAGUACAUGCAGUUUAACGUUUGUCCAGUUUAUCUUUGAAGUUGUUUGGUCAAGCUCUUACAAGCGGGACUGUUAUGUAAGUGUUUAAGUUUCUUUUUUAUACCGAACUUUUUCGAUAGACUCCUUUAGCUUACACCAGACCAGUUUUUUCAUCGCAUGUUUUCCUCAACUAUUUUACCACGUGGCAUAAGUUGGUUGAUGUUAGUUAAAGUGUUACUCACCUUUCACUUGGUUAUUAGUACGUUUUAGAGUUUGUUUUUCAGAAUCUUUUCAGUAGUUUGUCUCUUUUGCCUUUAUAUAGUUUCAUUAUUUGUUUGUAUUUCAACCUUAUGGUUCUACGGAUCUUUAUAGUACAUCGAACUGUUUUUGCUUUGUUAUUAGAUGUAUCUUUUUAUAAUCUUGAAUUUUGUACUUGUUAAUUCGUUCUAAUUAUUUUUCCUUAAGUUUUGAUUCGUUUACCUUCUUCGGCUUAGACUUAAUGUAACUUGCAACUUUGCAAUGGAAUGAUUGGAAUGUAGUUUGUAUGUUAGAAAUUAGCUUAGCCCUUAUUUUGUGUUUCAUGUUUCAGUUUACGAUAAGGACUUGGAUCCUAUGAUCGAGUUGAACAAACGAUUCAAGACUUUUGUCUGUAAAAUAUUUCCUCGCUUUAUAGUGUGUCGUCGCUUGCAAACUCAAGGUCGUUGUCGUAAAUUGCUUUGCUUGUGUUGGCCGCUACAACUCCAUAAUAAUCAAGUCAGGCUCAGGGCAUGAAAUUGCACCUGAUACAGUCGCCAAUGCGCCUAAGUGUCAUGACGUUGGUGGCCAGCACUCUACAGGUUCUGUACAUCCUACUGUUAUGUAUUUUGCGAUUAAAUAAAGCUUGAAGGUAGAUGAAUUGGUAUGAACAACUAAAGUUUGUAGCAAAAUCGUCACAAAUUCUAUGAAGUGGAGAUGUCAACAUCCGUCAUCUUGGAUUUUCCAAAAGUAACAUUGUAUAUUGUUUAGUCAACUCCUGGUAAUUCGAACCUUCAAGGGAAAUCGAAAAUAGUUCGAGUUAUUGGGAGUUCGAGUUAUCAGGAGCUCAAAGAAAAUUGUCAGGAGUAAGGAAAAAGCAGUUUUUUUUCUGCAUAGUGAACAUUUUAAUCACACUUAGUGUAGAAAUGUUAGGUGAAAAUUGAAAGAUACUUCUAGAUUAUAAAUCAGAACGUAAUGCAGUAACAAAACAUUGCAUAAAUAGAGCAUGGGUUUUACUGUUUUGAGAAGUAAAGCUUUUUCACAUAGAUUUUUAACAAACAACAUCAGCCUCCACUAGUAAACUAUAUGCAUACAACACACCAAAGGGAAAUUCUAAAUUCAAUGUAUCGGACGCCAUUACACUGUCUUUUCCCGACUUUUUAGGGGCUCAAGACGUGGUCCGAGUUAUUGAGGGUAAAAUUAUAUAGAAAUGAUCUGAGGGGAAACAAAAAUUACUUGGAGUUUGCGGGAGGUUUGAGUUAUUGAGGGUUCGAGUUACCGAGGAUAAAAUUACAGUAAAUGUAUAAUGGAAAUCCAUGGGAAAUCGAUUUUGGUUCGAGUUAGCUUGAGGUUCAAGUUAGCGAGGGUUCGAGUUAUUGGGAGUCAAUUGUAGAUUGAAAUGUCCCUUUUUCGUACUUGCGGGCUUACAACAUUCCGUACUUUUCCGAUUUCACAUGGUCUCACUUAGCUUUAUUAUGGAGUGAAUUCCAGUGUUUCAGUUGUUGGCAGAAAUUUCCCUAUUAUGGCCUGUGAACAGGCCCUUGGUCGAACGGAGUGGGGAGAGGGAAAAGUGAAAAGGCCUGUAGACAAACAUUUGGGACUGCCGUUCCACGGCACCCGCUGUGCAUCAUAUCCUGAUGCAAGUUCUUAUUGGCGAGAACACUGACUGUUGACAGAUCUGAUUGACAUCAGCUUUUCGGUCGGCACGUAGCACGCAGUUUGAUCACAGAGUGGCAAUAACAAAACAGUCCAAAGACUAUUACCACGGGGAGGAACUAUGCGAACCGGUCAAAAGACUCAAACUGUCUUUAAAAAAACACUAAGCUGGAGUUUAUAGUUACCGAAUCACAAUGCAGUUCUCUAUAGCUGAUGUAGCCCCGGUUUAAGCUGCACUUCAAUCCUAUAAUUUUGGAUCUGUAAAUCACUAUCUGUGAUAAUUUUUAAACAUUCUGCAAAGAAAACUAACGAGCUGGGCCCAGCAUCAGGAUACAACAUUGCAGAAAAACAUUACAUUCACGGAUCGAGAAGGCACUUUGGAGAAAAGUGAGACCCUUAUUCAGCUGCAAUAAAAAGCUUUACUCUUCAAAAGAGGUCAAAGAAAAUCCUCUUGCAUCAGAGGGCAAAUCCUGUCGACCAGAAACAAAAACCACAGUAAAUCGAUAUGUGUGCCAUGACCUCUCAGUGUGAAACAAGCGGCUAAAAUCAGAUUUGCUCAGUGAAAAUGCAGAACCUUCCAGAGAAUAAUCUGCCCUGUAGAGGAAAAAACUUAUGGGAACAAGCAGCAUUUUGGCAUGAAGUAAAAGUCGUGUCGUCCUACCACCCCCUUUUAUUGCUAUAUAUACCCGAAGGUGUAGUUCCCGUCAGUGAUUGAAGCGCUGCCGAUCUCUUUGUACUUGUCUUCGAAGCUUCACGUUCUGGAGAAGUCAUGAUAGUAUCUGUACCUUCCGCAUUCCAAGUUCACUCAUUGCAGCGGUUUGUUAAAUUACAAACCGAACUAGCAAGACGAACAGCUUAUUAAUUGUCUUACCAGAGAUCAACGAAUUUUUGCAAAAUCGACAAUGAGGUUUGUGCUCCAUUUCACUCUGUUUUCAGACAGAGCAAAACACCGCUCAUUUCCUGUUAAUUUUCCCAGUAGUUACUCAGGCGCAAAAUUGAUUGACCGAUAACGAUCUUACUGACAGAUGAUCAGCAGGAUAAUUACAAGAGAGUGGAAUAGCACCCUUGUAGAAAUUCAGUACAUUUAAAGUAUACUUUAUAUAGGUGAUAAACACUUUAAAAAGUAUACUUCAUUUGUACUUAAAGUAUACUUUAAGUAUACUUACCAGAAGUAUACUUUAAGUACACAACUUUUCGACACCUAAAAAGUAUACUUAAAGUAUACUUAAAUGAAAGUAUACUUGAAGUAUACUUAAUGGGAAGUAUACUUCAAGUAUACUUAAAAUAUACUUAAAGUAUACUCUAUGCAAUAUGUUUAUCAAUCACUGAGACACAUCAGACUUGGAUCAAUUAUAUUGUAAAAUCAUUUAUUGAUAUAACAAAAAAAACUGCCCUUAACUUAAAGCAAUACAAAUGUACUAAGAAAUUACAAAAAAUAUAUAUAGCAAAUCUUGUUGGAAUAGGUUUCCACAACAUAAAAAUAUACAUUUUCUAUUCCUAUCAAAGGAACUCACUGCAUUUGAUUACCAUAAUAUAUUAUUCUUCUUGAUUUUAGUAAAAUUUUCAUUGACAAUGAGAUCAUUUCAAGGAAGGUGCAUGUAUAUUAACAGGUUUCUUUCUGAACUUUCUUUAGCUCACUUGUACUUAAUAAUUACUGCUUAGAACCAUCACACAAUAUUCUUCUGUACUCUUUGGCUACAAAGUAAAUUGUGCCAUUACCUUAUUAAAGAAAUAUGUCUACCUAUUACGUACAAAAACUGGAACGAAAUGCGAUCUAACGAAAACAAGACUUGGGUUUUGUAUUUUGAAUUUACACUGCACUUUAGGCGAAGUAAACAAGCUUUCACUUUGUAAACCUUAAGGCUUAACUCGUGUGUCAUUUGCAAAUGACUUGCAAAGAAAAAUCGAUAUAUAUUGAAACGACGGGAACCGAUACAUUUUUCACCCCAAAACUUACUUGUAUCGUCAAAAUUCAGUCAUGGUGUACUUCUUUUGUUUUCUUUUCAAGUUCCACUCAUAUUGUACUCGAAUUGUGAAGAUAAAUUAAAGGCAAUGCAAUAUUCCGAGCGUAUAAAUAUCUUGAAGACACUCUCGGCAAAGAUCAACGAAUGUUCCUUCGAAUCUGUAUCGCCCGCCAAAACCAUAUAUGGAAGUUAGGUAUGCUGUAAAUGAUUCAUACAUGACCGUAUUAGGAAAUCCACAAGAUCCCGUAUAUGUUCCGACGGUACUGGAAGUCAGCGGUAAUUCAACACCUUCAUAUAUACAUUUCUUUCCUUAAACGUAAAGAUGUCCGACGAGGAGCGAUGGUUUUGCUUCGAGUUCUCGUUCUAUUUCUUAAGGUCCUCGUAAAAAAGGAGGUAAAAUGACGCGGUCCUUAAUUACAUCCAGUAUCUUUUACUGCCAAAUGCAAAAAUUCCACGAAAGACGUUAAAGAAAUGACCAGAAUGAAACUGUGCGACUUUGCCAUUUCGCCCAGAUCGGCCGAUGAUCUUCUUACGAAGGAAGUCGACUGAACAGCUAAUGUGUGCCCUGUGUAUCUAGAAACCUGUUAUAUACUUCACCACUGUGAAGAAAUCUUUACAUGAUCUCAACUGUGUCCUUAAUAGAAGAAAACUGAUUUGAUCUGAAUAGUAUUUUGAAGUUAAAUUAUACUUAAAGCAUACUUUAAGUAUACUUUUGUCUUGUAGUGAUUUCAAGAUCCGGACAAACCAAGCAUCCUCAGAUCAGAAUGUGUCUUUCAGUUUCAAAGUAUACUUAAAGUACACUUUUCUUUGCGAAACUAUUUUUCACAAGCACUGAAGUUUGAAGAAGUAUACUUAAAGUAUACUUAAGUAUUUGAAGUAUAAAUGAAGUACAUUUGCCAAAUAUACUUCAUUUAUACUUUUUUUCUGGAAGUACAAACGAGGUAUACUUCAAAUGUACUUUUUUUCUGAGAAGUACAUAUAAAGUAUACUUGAAGUAUACUUAAAGUAUACUUAAUUUCUACAAGGGGUACUGCCUCAAAUGUUUGUCCACAGGCUCUCUCUCCCCCCUCCCCCCCCCCUCCCCUUCCCUUCCCUUUCGUUGCUAUUUUUUUCCCCGAACAGAGAGCCUGUUCACAGGCUACAAUAUUAUAGUUCAGUUAACUUGGGUAGAUGCUGAAACAAACAAAAAAGGAUCUGUUUAUUUCAUUCUGGCAGUUGUUGGAAAAACGCAACUUGUUACUAUUUUGCAGUUGUAGUAUUAUAAUGUUCCACUAAGUUUGUUUACCAAGGAGCCUCUGACUUGGAUAUGUUUGUAUGAUUACUCAUCCGGAUUAAGUCAUUACGUGCUGUGACUUUUUCAUCCUUGGAAACUAAAUUAAUUAGAUUUUGUAAGCGAGGCAUGAAAGAACUACUGCAAUUUUAUUGAUAUAUUUAUGGAGAUUUGACCAGGUAAUAUUUAUGAAAGGGACAUGUCUUGUUUUUCUGGUUGUGAAGACAGGUUGCGUCCGGUAAGGUUUUUUUUUAUAAAGUUCAUAUUAAAAAGAAUAGUUUAGGGAAUUGUCAACUUGAGUUUCUGAAAUUCAGAUUAAAAGAUUUUUAUGAUUUUAGGCUGACUUCCUGGUAUACAUUUACCGGUAUAUGUGGCUGAGCUGUGCACUCAUAAUAUGUGACAUAUAUGCCAGUCUUUGAGAUAAGUGGACAUCCAUGAUCAUCGUGGUGGAUGGUCUGUGAUGGAAAACAGAAUAAAUCCAACAUAAUUGUAUUGUAAUGGUAAACUUACUGUAAAAGUUUGGUAAAGUUCGUUUCUGUUUCUAAGUUCAUAACAAGAAUUGUUGUUUGCUCUUCUUUCGAGAUAUGAACAAAAACGUUAAGGUAUUCCUAAAGCUAGGAAACCAGCUACAAUGGAGGACAAAAGAACUUGGGACUGUGUGAAAAAGCCCUUCCAAGCAAUUGUUACAUAGGACCCUGCUCCUAACAACAAUUUUUUGUUCGGCUUUGUGUUCAUCCCGUCUUCCCCCCCACUUUCCUCAGCAAUGUUGUGGCCAAAAAAAGCACUCAUUUCCACCCAUUUUGCUCCAAAUUAACUUUGUUUAGGGUAGGAGGGGAGGGGUCGCUAGUUUUAGUAAUAUCACUGGAAAGGUCCCAAUACUUUUGACCUCCAUUGUCUGAAAACCACUUUGUUUAGAAAACUAGAUGUUGCUUUGUGAGCUGCUGCACAAUGAAUACCUUAAUGCUGGAAUUGAUCUUUCCACAACGGUGUGAUAUACUUUUUUCAGACCAGAACAGCUAUUCUUUUGUUGUAAGAGUGCUGGAAAUAAUUGCGCCAUUAACCGGAACACCAUAUUGAGCACUAAUUUCUGUUAUAUGUUGGCAAAGUUUCUUCCUUGUCUUUGUAAAAAGCAAUGUAGCGUCAGUAACACUUUCAGCUACAGUUCCAGACAUGCCAAAUGGUAGAUAUUUUAUACUAUCUUGAACAUGGAUGCUAAAUAAGACAGUGUGACGGAAUCUCGAGGUUCAGGUGUUACACUGAGUAGUUGAGCGCCUUCAGUUCUUGGCUAUUCAAGUGAAUAUGUAUGUCCUUGGAAAUCUGAUUUAUCAUCAAACUGUAUCAACACAGUGAUGAAAUGUUUGUUUGCAAUGAAUUAUUGCUAUUUGCGUGCAUAAAACAGAAGCGUUGAGUGAUUUAUGACAGUUCUCGGCCUUUUAUAGUUUCAAAAUAAUGUUUGCAAUUUUGUCUAUUAUUUAGUUAGGGGCGAGAAUUGUUAAAAGUAGCCUAUUAUGCUUGAGACUUUCCAGUUCAAGCACGUUUUUCUCUCAGACUAGAUGAGAUACAAUAUGUGAAAGCACAUAAUUCACUUAUCACUAUUUCAAUUAAUGCAGUCCUGAAAAAUUAAUAUACUUUUUACAGGUGAGAACUGUUAGAACUGUGGAGUAACACAAAGUACAGAAUAGGUCACACAUAGUAAUUUCCGGCAAUACCAGGGCAGAUUGUUGUGAGCAGUUAACAGAAUAAUGUUAGCGAAGCAGAAAGGGAAUUAUGCUUACCGUUUAAUUUUGCUGUUUGAUCGCCAAAGUGCAAGACAAUCUUCUAAAAUGUUUUCAUGUCUCCAUGUUCACACAUUGACGCAGAACCUACAGAGCGCGCUCUAAGUAUAUCUGGGCCAGGCCUUAGAGAACGUUAGUUUGUAGGGUAUAAAAGGGUUGUAUUCUGGCAUGGCUAAGAAAUGCCUUUUGAGUUUUUUAAGUGCAUCUUCUCAGGUAGAAAAAAUAAGUACUACCAGCAUUAAAUGCCUUUAAGAACUCAAUCCAAAACACAUCGUUCAAAUAAUCACUAAGUUCCUUUUGGGUAAACUGAAUGUCCAUGCUGAAUACCCCUGUUUGGCAAGGUAUCUGUAACUCUUAAGCGUGACAGAAGGAUCAGCUGCAGCAUAUAGAAAGCACUAUACUAAAAAUCUACACUUUAACAGUUCUAAUGAAAAGGUUUUCCUAUAUUUUUGUAGUGAAAGAUGAAGAAAAAUUCAUUUUAUCGCUCUAAAUCAAUUUCAGACAAUAGAGGACAAAAGAACUUCUGACUGUGUGAAAAAGCCCUUCCAAGCAAUUGUUACGUAGGACCCUGCUCCUAACAACAAUUUUUUGUUCGGCUUUGUGUUCAUCCCGUCAUCCCCCCACUUUCCUCAGCAAUGUUGUGGCCAAAAAAAGCACUCAUUUCCACCCAUUUUGCUCCAAAUUCAACUUUGUUUGGGGUAGGAGGGGAGAGGUCACUAGUUUUAGUAGUAUCACUGGAAUGGCCCCAACAUUUUUUGCCUCCAUUGUAGCAAUUUAGUAUUAUUAUAUAAUACAUUUUUACAUUGGCUACUACCUUUUUGACUUGGCGACCACUUUGGAAAAUAAAGAAGCCAGAUGUCUCCUUGAGAAAAAAGUUAAUUUCGUGCCCUGCAUGCAAGCAAGUGUUGAAUUACUCUAUGCAAAUGAGUUUUCGCUAAUUUGCAUAACCUGUUGGUGUCAUGAAAAAAAUUUGUAGUAAAUUCUGUGUGUCUCACGUAUCUAUAGCAAAUAUGCGAACUAUUUUGGUAAGACAUCAAAGAAGAACUUUUCUUUGAAGCGUUUUCGUUAAGCCAAACAUUGCUUUGCAAACAUUAGUUUUUAAAACUGAAAUAUUUUUUCUGAGAAGAAUAUUUUCUGCUCUUUCAAAAGAGGUAAAGCUUUCUACGGUGGCCCAGAAGGGUCACACAUGCAAAUUAAAAAUGUUGCUGCAAACUAAAAAUUUUACCUGCAAAUUAAAAAUGUUGCUGCAAAUUAAAAAUAGGACAUGCAAAUUAAAAAUUGUACAUGCAAACUAAAAAUAUUACAAACAUGAAUGGGCCGAUGGCUGUAAGGCCAGGUCGCACGGCUCAGAGCAGGUCCUCAUCACUCAUACUGCGUGCAGGACUUUUCAUUUUUAAUUUGCAUCAAUAUGUUUUCUAUUUUCAAUUUGCAGCACAAUUUUUAGUUUGCAUGUACUAUAUUUAAUUUGCAGGUAAUAUUUCUAGUUUGCAUGUACAAUUUUUAAUUUGCAUGUACUAUUUUUAAUUUGCAGCGACAUUUUUAAUUUGCAUGUGUGACCCUUCUGGGCCACCGUAGCUUUCCAUGCUGCUGUAAAUACCGGCUGAGAUACCGUAAAAUUCCGAAAAUAAGCCCCUCCAUGAAUAAGCCCCUCCAAAUAUAAGCCCCCCAAAAUCAUAAUGCAAAAACCCUCCAUUAAAUCGCCCCUUCAAAUAUAAGCCCUCUAACAGAUUAACUGUUUGAUAAAUAGAGGACAUUACAUGGCCGCAUGGGGAUACAUGUACAAAUUUUCUCUUCAAGUGAAAUAUUUUUUCAACGCAAGAAGAGAAAUUUCAUAUCUCUAAGCAGCCAUGUAAUAUUCUGGUCUUUAUUAUAUAAACACCAAUGAAAUACCAAACCAUUGCACUUUAAUAGUCUUUUGCUGUGAAAGGCGAGAUUUAUUUUGUGGCCAUAGCAAUGGUGAUAUUUCAGGUGAGAAGAUAACAUGUUAUUUUCACAUGAUGUAGAGUGCUUGCAGUUCGCCUUUUUUCUUAAAAUCGGUCCAGUUCUUAUCUCAGCCAGCUUGAUUGCAAACCACGACGUUAUGUUACAAUAAGGGAUUACGAUGUUGAGACGAGAAAAGACGGACUGCAGACUCUUUUGUAGUAAACAAACCCUCCGUCAGCCCAGAAACGGAGUAACUGAUUGCAGGGCUUGACGUUGCAACCCGUGGUGUCACCGGUGCGACUAGAUUUAAUUCAGUGAUGACUAACUUUUCAUGCCUGGUCGCCAGGCUGGUCCCCAAGAUAUUAAUUUUGUUUUAAAAUUAUUUAUUGAGUUCAACACUGUGAUACUUUUGUGUUUGCAUAUGAAGCUGAUGAAAUCGUGUUCGUUUCUCCUUUUCGUUAUUUUAUUUACUAGCUAGGAAACUCAAAGUGAAAUCUACAUGCGUGAGAAUAGUAAACUUUGUUUAAAGGCAAACUGGUUUCAUUGCGAAAAGUAAAACCACAAUAAACCACAAUGACAGAAAAUGUGAACUUGUUAUCAAUUAAUCUGUUCAUGUAUAAAAUUCCUAAGAAGUGAUAAGCUAAAUGCAAUGGAGUUGUUUCAGCUAGACAGCAAAAUCCGCUACCAUACAAAUUAAUUUGAGUUAGGGAUGUUUUCAGUUUUAUAUAUAUAUAUAUUGACUUGAUGCUUUUAAAAAAUACUGACUAUUGCCAUAAAAAUAUCAACAGAAUGUACAGAAUUUAAAAAAGUCUGCACAACAAAUCCCUCAAAUUUUAUCACAACCUGAUCUGAUAAAAGUCCCGAGUUCGUGACAUUUAGAAUUCUCACGGCAUGUGUAAAGGGAAUUCAGUAUUUCAGUUCACACGCACUGAAAAUGCUAUGCAUCACUGAACACAAACCCAAAAUGUAUUAAAAGUUAUAAAAUUUUCUCCAAAAGUAUUCCUCAGUGGCCGUUAAUGAAAAAAGACAGACACAUUUGACACGUAUUUUGGACAUCAAACUUUCCAUAGCCAUUCCACUGUUUCUCUGUAUGAAAAAAGUCAAGUGCGGUAAAGUGAUGGUCUUUAAAUAACUUGAUAUAUGAUAGCAUUACAAGCGAAAUAAGCGGGAAUUUUGCCUUGCGUUCAUACUGCUUUUCUCCUUGUAUCAGUGUUCAGAAAAGAAGGCGAGCAAUGAAAGUCAAGGAUGAAUUACGGGACGAUUUUGAGAUGUUGAGGAGAUGUAUAAUAGAAGGAAAUGUAGAGGGUGCGAAAGAAGUUGUUUUUGAAUGCGAAAAAAAGUUUAAAUUGUCUUUCAUUGACCAGCUUGUUGAUUACCGAAUGUCUACGAUGAGAAAGGAUGAAUUCUCAACUGCCCUUAUCCCAAGAGAAGCAGGACUAAAGAAUUGCAUUGCUCUCAAAACUACAGGGAAUGGCAACCAUAUGUUCAAUGCUGCUUCACUGUUGUUGGCGGGAAACGAAUCGCUAAGUGACGUGAUAAGAUCACAGAAAAACAUCAUCUCCAUUGAGUAUAUUGCUAGGUAGAUAGUACUUGUUUGGUUAGUUGUCUAUCUUCAGUUGUACUACUUAUCAUUUCUCUAAACGUAAAAAAUGAAUUUUAAAACAAGUGCCAUUGUAGGGGCUAUAUAGCCUGUUUUGUAGAAGGUCUUCUCUUGUAUUCAGGAUUGACUUUCUGUAACUUAUUGACGAUUUUGUUGACAACUAGCUACAAAAAACAACGAACCAAGCGGUUAGCCUGCAUAACAGUUACUUUAUGAGCCAAGCAAGGUGAAUGCGGCAUUUUGCGUGAAGCACACAUUUCACGCUUCGCUUAAUAUGCUGCGUUCGCCUCACUUGGCUAAUAAAGUGCCUGUUAUGCAGGCUACCAAAUGGUAAGAUUUCGUGCACCUGUAAACUAAAACAUUUAAGGACAUCUUACGGAAGGAAACUGCUGUAAAUUUCCUCAAGGGAAAGCUAGAAUACAAGGCAACCUUACUGGAUUUAAAGAAAGUGUAAUUUUUCUGUUGUUUAUGUUCUAUUUGUAAAUCGUUUCAAGUUACUUGGGUUUAAUUGGCUAAUUAAAUAACCUUGACAGUUUUGUUGUCCCCAGACAGAACAAAAGAGUCAGCAGUCUUGAUCUUAUUUUUUCUUCUCUGGGUUACACCCUUGUUUAUCACGGUCCUGUGCUUGCAUAAUUGGGUUCCUCGUGCAGUAAUUUUAGACACUUUGCAAAGAAAAAUAAGAGACUACUUGCAGUCUACACAUGAUGAGAAGAUAUCAAGUUUCCAUGCGAAAGCCCACCUGGUAUUUCAUUGGUGUUUAUAAUAAUAAAUAGUCCUGCUGUAUAGAGGAUGGCCAAGCGGAGAUACAAAAUUUCUCUUUGAGUGGUGAAAUAUUUUUCAACACGGGAAGAGAAAUUUUGUACCUCCAAGCGACGAUGUAAUGUUCUAUUUAUUAUAUUAACACCAAUGAAAAUACCAAAUCGUUUUACUUUAAUAGCUUUUUGCUGUGAAAGGCUUAAUUUAUUAUGUAGCCAUAUAGCAAUGGUGUAUGUUUUCUAGUGUGUGGUCACAUUUUGAUUUGAAGCUUUCAUUUUGUAAUGUACUCCUUCACAGCAUGACUCUCUUGUUCUGUUUUACAAAUCCUGCACAUUUUUGCUUGUUUUAAUGAGAAAAAAUUUCUUUCUAAGUGCCAUAAGGUUAUGAUAACAUUUCUUUCCAAGGGAAGUGUGUGCUGAGAAGGAAAAUGCAUCUACCAGGAAAGUGCAUCUCCUAGAGUGCUGAAUUUCAAAAUUUUUUUACCAGAGGAUGCCCCUCAGCUCCCCCUAUUAGGAUCAGCCUUUGGCCCUUCCUAUUAAUCUACCCGCUUGAUUCAUUUUAACUACGUACCCACCUGAAAUAAAAUAAUGUUAUUGAAAGCCCUGAUCAUUUAUUAAUUAAAUGUAUUUAUUAUAAGGGUUUGUGAUUUGGGUAAUAUUAUUGCUAUUUUUCUCUUAUAAGCAGAGUUGAUCACAAUCAUGGCUUGUGUAUAUGCAGAAAUUGCUUAUCGUCCAGGGAAGAUGUCCUAGACCAAGAAGUGUCUCCUGUAUUACCAAUCUAUGCAGAGAGCAGCUGUAAUUCUUCCACAAAGAAUAGAGCUGAUGUUGAUGACAAUAAUAAUUAUUGUGCUCUGUUGCACUCCAUACCAGAAGGUAUAGCACCCAAUUUCCUAGCAAAACACACUCAAGAUAAAAGCCCUUUAUGA